AUGCAACACCGGUGCACAGCAGGCUGUAAUGCUGUAUUUGAGAAGAAAGCCGCGCAAAUUAGCCACAGCAAGUCGUGCGGCAAACGAAGGGCGCUGAAAGAGGAUCAGGAGCAAUGGGCGAAACGUACAGCCAGUUCCAAAGCUCUUCCAGAUACAGCCCCAGGCCAUGUUGUUGUUGACCCACCGAAGAAUCCUUGGGAGAACUUGUCCCCUCGCCCGUCCCAGACUCGUAAGACAUCGACAUCCAGGCAACCCGUGCCCAAUUUGCGCAUGAACGCCGAAGCAGGUUCAUCUCUCCGCUCCCGAGGGCAACCUCAACAAAGAUUGGACCCACCUUCCGACAUUCGAAUCGAGCAUCACGCAAAACGAAAGCGGGCACCGGAACACAUCACGACCGAUCAGUACAACCUACGCCGGCGACGUCCAGGUGCAAGUGCCAACACACGCGUUCCCCUCCCAUCUCUGACGUCGAAGUCCCCAUACUUCCCUUUCCAAACGGAUGCCGACUAUCGAUUUGCAAAACUCAUCUUUCGCUCCGCAAUGCGCGACGAUGAUGUGAAGGAACUGCUCUCCCUCAUCAACAAAUGUGUCGAUAGGAAGGAUACCCUCACGUUCAACGGGAGUCAGGCAAUCCACGAUGCUUGGAAGGAUGCCUCAUGCCUUGUAACUCCUUUUGAAUGCAACACUGUUGACGUGCCCUUCAAGGAAGAACCUCACAAGUACAAUGUCUGGGUGCGGUCUGUAUGGAAGUGGGCACUUGAACUGGUCGAGAACCCCAAACUAGCACCGGAGUUUGUUUGGGAGAGCGUGAAAAUGUUCAAGAAGAACGACGAUGAGAUGUGGGAGCGCUUUGUCACGGAGCCGUGGACAGGGGAUGACUGGGCAAAGAUCGAGGACAACUUACCUGACGACGGAGUACCUCUCUGUUUGAUCGUCUAUGCUGAUAAGACACAGCUCUCGUCGUUCGGGGGCAAGAAGGCGUACCCAGUGUAUGCCAAGAUUGCAAACCUCCCCGCUCAUAUAAGGAACGGGAAAGGUAUCGGUGGAGGUUGUGUGGUCGGAUGGCUUCCAAUCAUCCCAGAGAAGGACAAGAAAUCCAACCGAAGCACAGAAUGGGUGGAGUACAAGCGCGUAGUAUGGCACGAUAGUUUUCGAGAGAUACUCGAGUCUAUCAGAACACAUUCAAAGGAUGGGGUUUACUACAAAUGCGGGGAUGGGGUUGUCCGAAGGCUCUUCCCAUGUAUUCUGAUGCUCUCGGCCGACUAUGAAGAGCAGGCAGUGAUGGCUGGUAUACGUGGAUCAAAGACUAAGCAGUGCCCCGUGUGUCUGGUCGACGAGGACAACCUUGCAACAUUCUUUACCAACUGGGAAUAUCGAAAUGCGGAGACCACUCAAAAGCUGGUUGAUGUACUUGAAAGGCCUGAUGCACCAGAACGAGUCAAAGGCACUGCACGCAAGAAACUUCAGGAGCUGAACGUCCGACCGAUCAAGAAUGCUUUUGCAGAUAUCGCGAACUCGGACCCUCACCGUGCCCUGUCGUUUGACCGACUGCAUAAUUACCCUGGUGGGCUGGCAAAAACUCAUCUUCUGGCGAUGCUCUACGAAAUUUUCGAUCGUGGUCCUUAUUCAACACCGGAAGUGCAGAAACGAAUUAAUUCAAGGGCGAGCGCAGUUCCACGAUGGCCUGGACUGACUCAUUACGACAACAUCACAACUAAAAAAUCAUUUCAAGACUCGAACAAGUGGGAAGAUUUGGCGCGGCUCUUUCCAUUCAUUCUAUACGACGGUGUGAUUGAUAAAUCCGAUAAGCCAACCCUCCAGAUUCUGAGAUGCCUCCGCAUCUUCUUGAACCUCAAUGCAUUCUCGUCGUUCGAAGUUCAUACUGAGUCCACGGUGAAAGAGAUCGAGAAGGAACUUCAAGUGUUCUGCGAAGAGAUCAAGAAGCUUGGAGAUCUCUUCGAAGGCAAGAGCUGGUUAUUUCCGAAGAUGCAUCUUCAGAUGCAUCUUCCUGGAGACAUCUUUGCAAAAGGCGUAACGCGGAACUACACGACCAAAACCUUUGAAACAAUGCACCGCGCGUUGAAGUUCUAUUAUCAGUAUAUGACUAAUUUCAAAGACGCAGACAAACAGAUUCUUAGCGCAGACCAACGUGGCCAGGUCAUAGACUUUAUUGACUCAAUUAUUGACGUUCAUCUUGAAGCACUCGAGGACGCCGAGGACUGCGCCGAUGAAGAACUUCAGCAUCGCUUCAGCUUCGGAAAUGUUACCCUCAAGGCACCUCAAGGACCUCGAAAGGCGCGCCCACUGGACCAAUUUGACUUCCACUACGAGGAAGAACUUGGAGAGCAUGCCCGCUUCUUUGAAGGGGUCAAUCUCAGCCAAUCGUUGAGCGACUUCUGCUCAUUGAAUGGGCUCGACAUUACCAUCCGCAACUCGACACUGGUUCGUUCAUUCCGCUCAAUGGAGGUAGUCUACACCUCGAAGGAGUCAUGGGACAUUGAACGCGACCUGCUUCGGUGCUCCCCCUCUUUUCAUGGUCGCCCUCGCUACGACUCGGUUAUUCUUCAGACAACCACAGGAGACAUCUUUGCUCGCCUACUCGCACUAUUCACCAUUCAAGCCCCCGGAACACCAGAUUCUGACGCCAUUCCAAUCGCAUUGGCCCUUCCAUAUACCGCACCAAUUCCUAGAAACCAGAGUGCAAAGGAUGCAGGUGCGGGGUUCUAUCGUGUCAGGAGGGCUGUUCAAACAGGUGCAGAGCUGUUUUUUGCGCGUUCUAUUGUCCGUGGUGCCGUUUUAAUCCCUGUGAAUGAGCAAGAAACCGAUUACCUAGUCUUCGAUGUCGUAGAUUCAGACAUGUUUCUCCCGCGUUCGAGAGUUGCUUCGCAUGCUGAUCUAGAUAGUUAA